AACGCCGCCGCCGGCCAGUCUAGACGGCCGACGACACGCGUGCAUUCGCCGACGCCCCCUCUUCUUCCCAAGGAGCUCGAGAACCGGAUGCGUCGUCGUGCAAGCAGUUGGGCCAGCUUUCUUUCGCGGCGAUCGCGGUGUGCGCCCUAAAGCAACGUGCGUGGAGCAGCCGGACUCGAACAAGCAAGGCCGGCCCGGAGUCCGAACUCUGAACCCUGGAGAGGAGGCGGAGCAGCAGCAGAAAACGGUGCUUUGACCUCGGCGCCGUUUCGAGCCGUCGCCGACGGGGGCGCGACGGCGCGCCGAGGGCGAGGAGGACUCGCCGGCGCCAGCGGGGUCUCAACAGACGCGCCAGUCGGCGUCUUGCUAUGCGCCGAGAUCCGUUGUCGGACGACAGCAUCUACCGUGUGGGGGCGCGUCGUGUAGAAGCAGCAGUCAUGGCCGCCAAGCUGCAUCAGAAGCGUGUCUCUUCGGCGGCGGACCCGUGCCCGCGUGUGUAGCGGUGUGGCCCGGCGGCAGCAGUGUGCAGCAGUGGCGACCGUGUGCAUGUGGCGCGGUGCUCGCGGGCGGCCGUCGAGCCCCAGAGCCGCCGCCAUGGGGGCCGGCGGGGCCGCACUGGGGCGGCGGCGACAGCGACAGCGGUGAGCAGCGCGUCCCGCUCGGCGGCCUGUAUGCCACGGCGAGCUGGGACGUCUCGGCGAUAUGGUGUGCGUUCAUGUUCGCCAGUAAGCGGUGCAAAUUGGUGAAACGCCUGUGGGAAGAAAGCCGCAACCUGGUGGUGUCGUACUACGCGCCGUCACAGCCGCCGCUAUACGCGGCGGCACCGCCGGCGUUCAACUAUGAAGCCUUCUGUUCGGUGGAGGACCGCAAGGCCGUCGAGUCGAUGCUGAAGCUCCUGGAGGUACCUCAACUGCAGAAGAUGCUGCAGGCGGUGCAGACCAAGGGACGCGAGGGAUGCGAGUGUCUGUUGUUGCCGUGCGACGACGUCAAGAUGCCGCGCGAGGUGGUGGCGCCGCACGUGCUUUGCUGCCGACUCUGGCGCUUUCCCCAGCUCCGGCACCAGUACGAACUGAGGCGCUUGCCCUGGUGCGCGGCCGCCUCGCCACCCGAGGUCUGCUGCAACCCGUACCACUGGAGCAUGGUGCAGAAGCCAGAGUCUCCACCGCCUCCGUACAGCUUGCAGACGCAGGAUGAGAGCUACCCACCCAUAGAGUCGUCGCCGCCACCUCCAUACAGCCUAGAGCCGAUGGGCAAUGCCUACUCGUCUUUCGGCUACUCGGCAACGUUGGACUGCACCUCCGGUACAGCAGUAGAGGCCAGUGGUGAGGACGAGCCAUGGUGCCGCAUCGCUUACUGGGAACUGAGCAACCGCGUAGGAGACUUGUACCCGGUGCGGCGGCCGUGUCUGCACAUCACCUUUGAUGAGAGCCCUACCUCCUUAUCGUCAUCAAACGAAGAGGCACUUCGGCUGCACUCUCUGGCAGCAUGCUCCUCUUCCUCCGGGGCAAACAAGGAGGCCGUGGCCCGAACGCGAUCCAAAAUUGGCCAGGGGCUGACCCUGUCGUACGAUCGUGAAGGUGUCUGGCUCUACAACCGUUCCGAGCACGCUGUGUUUGUGGCAUCACCGACGCUCGACAUGCCCCAGGUUCGCAACCUCACAGUAUUCAAGGUGCUGCCCGGCUUUUCGAAGUUGGUCUUCAACUGGCAACAAGCACGCAUCCACAGCAGCUACUCGUCAGUGCCGUGGGACGGCCCGCACGCAAGCAAUGUGGCGCGCAUCUCCUUCGUCAAGGGCUGGGGUCCCAAGUACGCACGCCAGAUUGUCACUGCACUACCCUGCUCCCUCGAACUCUUUUUCCGCACCACACCGCCGCCACCCAGGUGAUGAGGGGACUUGAGAGAAACAGAACUGGAUUUUCAUUAGUCAGCACCAACUGGACGUGACAGAGCCUCGGAUGUAAGAGGACCGCAGUAAUCGCGGGUUGCUCACCUGCCUGACUUUGCCUUUUGAAACAUUCUCGCACUGCCCCACUCCUUCCCCAUGCUUGUGUCAGCCAGACGCAAUGUGGCUACAUCCUGUCGCUAUGAAGGCGGCGAGGAAGUGUUCCGUCUCGGGGAAGGGAAUGAGAGCCUGCUUGGGAGAGGCUUUUCUUUUUGUGUGUGUGUGUGUGGUUCGAAGAAGGAGCAGGCAGGCGGAAAAGAAAGCUGUCUAUGUGUGUGUAUGUGAGAGAUAUUUCUCGGGUGGGUAAGGCUGGCAUUGCUCUGUUCAAUUUGCUUUGCGGCUCCCCGACCAUUCAGCUGUAGGCCCUGCCAUCACAUUGACACGCAGAGAACUAGUGUUCCCGCAAGUUUCUGGCAGGUCGUGUCAUCUUUCUUCACAGCUGUUCUGAUUGUGUUCGGCAGUUGGACUUGCCCCUAUGCCUGAGAUCGACGUUCCCCCUUAAGCGCUCUUGUUUGGAAAACCGUAUGUUGUUGGUAGAUAGUGUAAUUGUUAUUGCUAUCAUCAGUUGUACAGAAAAGAGUCAUUAAAGCAUACAAAGCACACUAGUCUCAUUCCUCUAGUGUGCUUACCUUAAAGUGAACCUUUAUCAAUAGUAAGCAAUGCUUUUGUCGACAGGGGCACGCUUUGUAGUCAUUGUCAUGUAACAAAUAUACCAAAACAUAAGUUUACAGUUUCGUUAGUGUCAAGCAUCAUAGAUUUAUUUCUGAGAAUGGACUAUGAAAACAUAUUGCAGGCUGUGGCCUAAUUUUGUGCGAAUGCGACCUUAUUAAGUUUCAUUGAUCACUGUUAUCUACUUCAAGUGCUGCUAGGUUCAUUAUGAGCUCUUCUGUACUGCAGUUCGUUAUUGCAUGUGAUGCAAAUUUUUUAAUUUUUGCUGUUGUACGUACUAGCUUGUUUAGGCAAAAAGUAAGAUCUUGAAAGGACACUGAAGAGAGAAAUGAUUUUUCUCGUGUUAGUGGAGUACAAUUUCACAAUCCCGAAAACGCACUGCGAAACGAAGCUUGGCAAGCGAGCAAAAGCACGGAAAGAAAUUGUGGGUAAAGGCGCCACCUUAAGAUUUCUACAUAAAACGCCUUGACAUCAUGUAUUUUAAAGGCGUCUACUGUGUCCUACAAAGCUUCUAAUUGAUAAAAAUUAAGUACAUUGGGAUAUCGGGGUCCGUGGACCUAGCAUACAAAGUUUUGGAAAAUUUCAUCCAGCCAAUGUAGCGAAAAUACGAAAAAUACAUCUUGAAAUAGUUCACGUCACCCGCAGAGAUUUCGGCACUAAAUUUAAAAAUUGAACUUCAACCUUGAUUUUCUCAGAUAAUGGUGAACUCAUGAUAAUGAAACAUAAGGCAUUAAAGUGUUUCAGAGUCUAGUUUAUUAAGCUAAACCAAGUCGUCAGUUUUGUUUAGUGUCCCUUUGUUGUAGUGCAUUUCAAUGUUGACUUUUUGUUACCGAUGACCUUCCGAAAAAUUGUACUUUGUUUUUUCUAAGUACGCACUGUUUGUCAGUUUUAGUAGUAGUGCACUGUAUAGCGUAUGCACCUGCAGAUAUAUAUUUGAAAAAAUUAAUGUUAUGUUGAAUGCAUAAAUUGUGGCUGCAGUUGCAAAAAACCUAUUUUCACAUCUUGAAAAGCUACUCCAGUUAGCUUUCAUGCCUACCCCGGUUUUGUAGCAAAAGCAACACUUUUUCAUGCUCUUAUUUUCUGUGCACAUUAUGAACAGCAUGCUCGAAUUGUUUGUGCAUUCGCAUACUUUUUUCAAACUGUAGGAUCGACUAACACACCUCUUUAAUCUGAACAUUUAUUUCAAGACAAUGAAGUGGUGUUGAAUGGUGGUGCGGAACCCACGUCAACAUUUCUCAAUUUUAUAAGUUGUCAUUACAGCUAUUGUAAGCCGCGUUUGUCAUGGCCAGAAUUGAAAGUGGCAGUACAUGUCAUUUGGCUGUUCUUCAAUCAAAUGGAUGACGGCCUUUCUCAUUGCUUGUGCGAUGAUUUCAGUCACUGGCAUGGUUGAACACUUGUGACCUUGUCCGGGCAGGGUUCUCUAGAACAGCCACGAAUCUUUUCAAUAUUACAGAACUUGGCAACAUUCUACCCUAGAUUCGGCUGUAUAUUCUGUCAAGUUAUAUGGUCGAACAUUAUUAAGGUCCACUUCAGUUUCAUUGAGAAAGGCUCUGGAACAAUAUUGUAAAUGGCUUGGCAUGCUCUUGGUGCAAAGUUUGAAACAUAAUGAAAGGAAAAAAACAGAGGAGCGCCAACUACCAAACUGUUUAAUGACUAGUUGAUGUUGGUUGGUAUCCAAAUGUGAAUGUGCCAGACCUAUAUUGUAAGUUUACACCGGUGUUGCCCCCCCCCCCCCCUUCCUUGUUAGCUGUAGUGGUCAAGAUGCUCGCAAUGAUGAAUGCAACUCUUGGGCGUUGUAGUCCAUAGUAACCGGUGUCGAAAAUUGUGCAAAGAGUGUCGGCUGAGGAAUCUUGUGGCGCAGGCAGAAAGGGUGCAGCCAGCAUUGUGCGUUGCCUAUAUGUGUAUGCUGUUGGUUAACAUGCCGUGGUGGAGAUCUAAUUGUGAGGUGUUACUUUCAUUGAAGGCAUUAUGCCACUCUCGUAAACAUUGCUGUUGUCUGUUUUUAAGAGAGGACUGCCCACCUGCAGGUUCCCAGAAUAUAACCCCUUGUUGUUGUGGAGUGCGUAAGGUACUAAUUUGCCUCGAGCAGCUUCUUUCUUCAUGCAAGUCAGCUUAUUUAUUAUUGUGGUUCCCGCUGAGUAGGGAAGAAAGAACUGCCUGCUAUGCUUUUAUAAAUAUACAUAUAUAUAUAUAAAUAAAUAUAAAGUAUAUAUGCUUGUGAUUUGUGUACCAACGCAGCCUCCUCUUCCCAUUUUAUGCCUGCUCUCAUUUCUUUAAAUGCCUCUCCUAAAAGGAAAAUAACAGAGUACAAAUCGCUUGUUGCAUCCUCUCUCUGGUGUGUCUGUAUCUUCUUCGCUGCAACUCUUUUUUUUUUUUUACAAGCAGCUGCGUGUUGAACACUGUGGACACUGUGUGGUGUGUUAAAUUUGUUGAAAACCCCACGCUGUUUACUCUAGCAAGUUAUUUUGCAUUAUAUUUAGUAAGCGUGAAGAAUGGAUUUACUUAAAUCGGAUGUUUGUUACUUGAUUCAUCUUCAUCCUUUAAUCUCUGAAACUCUACACUUGCGUUAAUUCUUAUCACAAAUAGGUGCCCCUGCAUAAGAGAUCUACGCUUGCUAAAGAAUGGUUAUUGACAUUCUGGAAGCUUCACAUUGUCCAUGCAUUUCUUUUGUACUUGUUUUUUUUUUUUUUUUGGUCAUGUCAUCAGGAUAACUAAUUCCUUAUGAGCUUUUAUGUCCAGGAUGUGCACUUCACGUUUGCUUAGUGCACUGCUCUCUACGCACUCUGCAGUGACGUUGCUUGUGUUUCGGUGAAGGCUCGUUUUUCAUUUGAGAGGUUCGUUUGUGGAAGCUUUAAUUGCACCUGCCAUUUCUUUGAAGGGUCGAGAUAGGUAUUUAACUUUUUCCUUGUCAGUCUUACCACUCUUCACUUGUUUCCCUCUGAGCUUUUGAUCAGUGGCUUUGCUUAUGUGUUUAGCGCUACCUUGUCAGAGUUGCCUAAUGCUUCUUGCACACGGUUCUCAAGACUAGAUCACUGGCUACUAUCCGUGUCACCAUAUGAGAAAGUGCUUGCCUUGAACCUCCGCUGGAUUACCUAAAGAAAGGUGCAUCUGUUGCCAUGGGCCAGUCUAUGGGUAACUCGCUUCGAAGCAUGUACGAAUGUUCUUGAGUGGUCCAAAUGGGUGCUGUUCACGGCAUCUUUUGAGACAGUGCAAGAAAGGACGUUCAUGGAAUACAUCCAACCUGGAUGCUUUGGCAUUUCACAGUGAUUGCUAUGCUUCCUCACUACUUCUCACCACUUUUUCCUUCAAAGGUGUCUUGACCAAGCCCACCUGGCGAUCUUUGUGUAGGGAUUUGAUGUGCCUUUUUGUCAUUUCACCUAGCAUCUUGGGGAAGCUUGCUUCCUUUUCACCGUCGAUUGCUAAAGGACGUGAUUACGUAUUACUAGAAACCGCCAUCCUCUAGAACCAUGUAUUCUGGAUUGCCAGUCCGGUACACCUUCCUUUUCCUCGUCACGCGUGCAUGCAUCUCGUGUCUUCCACAUGGGGGGCAGUCUGUGUGUAACUUUGCCCAUUUGUAUUGGCUUUUUACAAAUGUAUUGCUGCAAGCUACGACAUUGAGCUUCUAUGAACACUUUACUCGCCACUGCAUUGGGGCGUGCGUCUUUUCGGGGUUUGUAGCAUUCCUGUCGACUCUGGGAUGAAUUGAUUUGUGUGCCCACCGAAUGCGUUGUUAGCAAUGCUGUCCACUUGUAAAUGGAAUUGUGUGGUCACUCCACCGUAUUUCUUAACGGUGCAGCACUGCACCACAAUUUUGCGCAGGAGACAAUAUUUGUGGUUUUAUGUUCCCUACGCACCUUUGCUCUAUUUUUUUUUUCUUUUUGACAGCCUAGUAGGACUUGCGAGUUAAACAGGGUUGUGCUGGAUAGCCAUUUUUGGACACCGUGUCAUGUCGCACUCUUUUUUUUCUCUCCUUUGUCUUGUCUGUUGUCCUCUCUUUCGUCUUGUCGUCUCUGCUGAUGAAAGAACACAUAAAAAGUGCCAAAAGCUGUAAUAGUAACUUUGUUUGUGUCUCGGUUAGAGCUCGGGUUUGGGAGUACGAAAAACGAAACAAGGGAGGUCUAACUGUGAAUAUGCUGUGGCAUAUCUUGUUGUGCGUGGAUGAAGAAAAUAAGGUUGCUAUCACAUCUGUCGCCAUCGCUUGGUUAGCAGGUCAAGGCCUUAGUGCCUCACUGCAUCUCGCUCUUGUGUGUUGCGUGCUAAGCAAAAAAAAGAAAAAGAACUUGUGAACAUUUUCAAAGAAAGUGCGUUCUUGUCUGGCGUUAACUCGCUAAUCACUCUGAAAAGAAAACUAUUCCAUCCACACUUUGGUAACAGAAGAUUAUAUAAAUAUAUAUACAUAUAUAUAUAUAUAAAUAUAUAUAUGAUGAAUGUGCGAACACGCUGUUAAGCAGGCUAUAGAAGCUAGGCGAAGCCUGCAGAAAGUAAGUGCCUGGUCGAUUGGGGAAAAAAAGUUGCUUGUGUAUAGAUACUUUUCUAGUUGAGUAGUCUUCUACCCCCCCAGAAGAGACUGAUGGCUUCGUGUUGCCCUUUCGUACACUUUCUCUUUUUUUUUUUCUUCUUCUUCAGACGCAUGUGGCCAUGCCUGUGUCUUUGAGAAGCAUGUGAGAAAUAUGUGUUUCUACGCGUGGUAUGGAAAUGACAAUCCAAUACCAUUCUGCCUGCCUCAAUGCCUUAUGAAUACUGUGAAAUACAAGUGAAUGUACGAAAAAUGAAAGUUGUAUGUGUAUGUGUGGGUGCGUGCAUGUGUUUUAAUAAGUUUGCUCAAGCGUCCUAGACUGUGCUGUGUAUCAGUUUCAUCGUUUUCUGUAGUUUGAAGGCACGAUGAGAAUGACUUAAUGAAAGCUUUUUUUUUUUUCUCUCAUGCAUUUUUGUACAUAUGUAAAGUGUAAAUAAUGCUUUUUUUUUUCUAGUAGGUUUUUUUUUCUCCUUGUGACCGGUUCCGCUAUCAAAUGCGUGGCUUUGUACAAAUUCUGUCAGAAGUGUACAAAAUGAAAAAGAUACUUUCUACUGUAAUAAAGGUACAGGUAUCCUAA